AUCAGCUGCAUGGUAACAUUUCGAGUCAUCCUUGUGACGACAUUAACGUUGCACGAGCCUUGGCACACUUAUUGGUUGAUUCUCCAAAUAAAGCUGCGGCAUAUCGAGAUGACUUGAAGCGAUUUUGGCUCAAAGAUUUAUCAAAGUCAGAUAUUAAGAAGCCCUCUUCGAAUGUGAGCUGCACCAUGUUCUACUUCAACCAUGAUGGUAUCAAAUUAUUAGAGCAGAUGGGUAUCGAUCAGCGGCGUGGUGACAUUUCGAGCCAUCCUUGUGACGACAUUAGCGUUGCACGAGCUUUGGCACACUUACUGGUUGAUGCACCAAAUAAAGCUGCGGCAUAUCGAGAUGACUUGAAGCGAUUUUGGCUUAAAGAUUUAUCAAAGCCAGACAUUGAAAAGCCGUCUUGGAACCUAAACUGCACCAUGUUCUAUUAUAACUAAGCUCGAUUUCGAUAUUCUGGGUUGUCUUCGUCGCAGCAUUCAUAUUUAGAAACAAUCCCAGAAGUUGUUAUAGUAUCAUUAAUGUGCAAUUGCGUGAAUUAGGGUGUGGUUGUGAGGUGAGUGUGAAGGUGCAUCAGAAUGUGUUGCUUGGAUGGAUAUUUGUGUGACUCUUGCCGUUAACACAACUCUCACCCAAAUCCACGGUCUUUGUGUGCAUUUUCGUUAACUUUGAAGUAUCUGACCCCUUUAAUUGAAUAUCCGAAUGUCUGAAUUCGGAUAUUCAGACAUUCAAGUAUUGAAUUUCACUUUCAAGUUCGGCAAAUAUGACUCAUAUGGAGAGUGAAAGUGACAUCAUGACUGUGCUUUUGGUUCACCGCACUGUCAAUCAACUAUCCUUGUUUAGAAUGACGUCCGCUAUUGUGAUUCGCUAAUGAAGCCUACAAAAAAUGAGGUACUUGUUCGAAUUCGUUCCUUCCGAUUGUACUUUCUCAAAUGAAACACACAAGAGAAAGAAAUCUUCGAAAUAAGGGAGAACCGAAGGAAACGUUUUUGUCGUGCACUAUGUAGUAGAAUAAUAAACUAUGUUGAUUUCAUUUCUUCAUAUAUCCUAUUCAAGAUGACGGUCAUCAUGCAACUACCAACAAGCACUAAAUCAUGACAGCAAUACAGUUGUAUAGAAUCAACUAUAGAAUAUUAAAUGUAACUUUUUAUUCUAUAUUCCAUUAGUACUAACCUACUAUAUAUCGAUCAGGGUGUGGGGCGUGUGUGGGUGUGGAUGUGAGUGAGUGUGUAUUUGAUGAAAAGACCCACAUCCACACCCACGAAUAACGCGGCUAAUUGCCCGAAACACCACUCUGAAGUUUCAUGUGCCUGAGAUCUUCUCCUCCUCCCUCUCUCUCCCUCUCCAUAGGUUUCAUGAGAAAACUUGUUAUCUUCAAACUUACAUGAAGUCACUUUAAGAUUAAAGAGUAAAGCAUGUUGAUUCAAAAAAAGACAAAAUUUGAACUCAUGAAAUUUUCUUCCUGUUACAACAGGCGGGAGCAUGCCUAAGAUUUCGAAAUCAUAUUUCGACCUCUUCGCAAGCAAAUAAAGCGCAACGUUUCAACAAACACUGUCUGGUACAGCCUUGUCUUUUGGUGUUCUAUAUGAACCUGAAACUUUUUUCUAGGCAAAUGCCUAAAAUAUCAGAGAAAAAUCAUCUAUCCUGUGGCAAAAAUAGCUUAUUGGAAUUCACUUUGCUACAUUUGUUAGUGAAUUUAAGCUAUCCACAGAGCUAAACUCGGUCAGUAGAGAUCACUUUUCUUAUUUUUAUGAAUGAAAUCAUCAGAGAUGAAGACAACCCUAUACGAUGGAGUUAAAAUGGAAGGUAAUAUGCAAUUUUUGGCUUUUUCAAAAAAUAAUUGAUCGAAUCGAUGCAAUGAGAACUCGAAUUUGGUUGAAAAACCACGAGAGAAAAUAAACGACAUGAGUAUCAAGUUUUGAAUGGAUUGAUGAAUUUUGUUAGAUUAUUAACAAUAGUUUUUGGUGAUAAAAAACGAAUAUUUUGAUUCACAACGAAAAUAGCUGUGAUGCUUUGUCAGAUUGAGGUGUUAAUGCUAGUUUUGCCAAAGUUAUAAAAUGAGUCGAGUAUUAAAUUCAAGAUGUAUACAUUUUAUCUCCCGCAACGUUUUCCAACGAGGUUCAAAUUCUUAUCGCAUCGAUUUGAUAAAUUAUUUUACGAAAGACUCAAAAACUGCGCAUUAAUUUCCGUUUUUUACCUUGCUACAUAGUUUUUCCUCCGUUUCUGAUGGUUUUAUUCGAAAGAACACAAAUUUACUCUUACUAAAGAACUUUGGCUCUCCGGCUAGCUUGUUUACAUGAACAAAUGUAACAAAAUCAACUUCAAUAGGCAUUUUUUGUCACAAAAUUGAUGAUUUUCUAUGAUACUUUAGACUUUUGUUUUGGAAAAAAUAUCCGAUAUGAAGAGAACACGAAAAUAUUGAAUUGUGCAAGAUAGUCUUUACUGAAACUUACUGGGAUGUGAAUGUGGAAGAAGAAGCAAUCCACACACCGAUACCCACACUCAUACUCUCAAGUAUCAUACCUGCACUAGUUGACUUUAUCUUAGUAGAACAGAAAUGAGCAAUAUUUCCAUGUCAUUGGUCAAUUCGCUUGGUUUUAUUCGUUUGAGAAAGCUAUCCAAGUUUCUGGCAUUUCUAUUAAUCAGAAAGAGUAAUUUUUAUUGGAAUCAUUUCAUCUUGACUACCAUUGUAAAGUAGUUUGAUAGGUAGUGUUACGGCAAAUAGGCAUGAAAGUGAACAAGAAAAGUAAAAAAAAAACGUCAUGACGCAUGAGAAUUUGUCAAUUUGUGAGAAAAAAGAGUAAGAUCAAGAUUUCUUUUGUUUUCUUCAGUGAAAUGUAAAGCCUUACUUUUCCUUGCUCAGCUAAUUCAUUGGAGUUGGAAAUCUCAUUAACUUCUUAAUAAGUUCAUGAAUUAAAAUGAUAAAGACUUUGCAAAAGCAAAUUGACAUUGUACACUUCAAAAUAAUUUUGUCGAAUGUCAAAUCAAUGAAAAAUCACGAAAACGAACAGUGUCUACAGACAAACAUAUUUUGUUUUUUGUCACGUGGAGACGGUAAAACUCCAUAAGUAAAAACCAACGCUGUUGAAAUUAUUAUCAAUAGUUUUGCAUUCUUUAAUGUUGUUUUCAAACGUAUUCUAAGGACUUUCUGGAAGAUAUACAAUUAACUAUGAACACUAGAAACUUGCUUAUGAGAAAGAAAGUUACAAGUCCAUCUACCAUACAAAAAAAUAUCUUAGACAACACUUAUAUAUAUGCAUGAACAAGAUAAGUUUAGUUUCUUCGUUACUGGUGCUUCAUGCGCUUAUGUAUCAGGAACAUGAUUAGUCAGACAUGCAGAAUCUAUCCGCGUGCGUAAACGGUCAUUCAAGGAAGUUUUUGAAAAUUUAGUAGCAUUUAAAACAUUUUUUGACAAAUAUUUUCUUUCAUAGGAAAAAUUUUUCAAUAUUCCAAACAAAUCUCGGUUUAAGAUGUUGCAUAUUGUCAAUCUCUGGGUUCGAUAGUUUGUUUCAAAAGCGUACCGAUGUAUUUUGUAUACUCUUUUGUGACUGUAUCAAACUUGAUGAUUUCUUGUCGAAUUCUAUUUUCGUUUUUCUUUGUUUGGUUGGAUCAAUUUGAAGAAUAAAUCGAAUAGUACAUUCUUUUUUUUUUGAAUUUCUUUCAGAUAAAACGAUGUAAAAAAUAAUGCAAAUAUGGUUUAGUCUGCAAAUUGGUACAGUCAAACGAAAAGUAAUUAUCAAAUUCUAGAAGAAAGCAAUAAUUCUUGUUCUAGUCACAUAGGAGUAUACAAGAUAAACCGGCAUGUUUUCGAAACAAACUAUUGCGCCCAGAGAUGAAUGAUAUGCUACGCUUCUGACUACCACUAUCUAGUAUAUGUACUAUAAAUAAGAGGUUUUAUUAUUCAUAUAUAGAGACGAAAUUUAAAAAAAACAUUGCUUCCUUACUUCGGACUCACUCUGUAUAUAUCGAUAAGACCUUUGACUUUCCUUUUUUCUUUCCUUUUCAUUAAACUUCUGAAAAGCUCAUCCGUGCCUUUAUCUUAGUGUCAGUAUCGUCUACUUUUGUUUACGUUCAUCAUACAUCUGAUCACUUCUUUCACUCUGUCUCUUUGCACUUAUUCAUGAAACAACAUGCAGUAUUUGAGUUUUUCUCUGGUCUUUCUAUACUUUUUCCUUUGUUGUUGCAUACAAUUGCUGUUGUAUAUGCGUAUGCGUGCAAUACCACUAGGAUGAAUAAUGUAUGAUAAUCAGUGACUGAAUAAAACCAUUGUUCGUUGGUUCGAGUUCAGGUCAGUUUGGAUUUACGUUUGAAAAAUUAAUUUGGGUGCCGCUUGGUUCUAUAUAAAUAAUCGUAGUUCAACCAAAUCAGGAAUACACGACAAGCCAAAAUUUGUUUCUCCUGUUUCAGUUAGUUGAAAUCGUUUAUGAAAAGUACAAGUAACAAAAAAAACCUGAACUAAACGAUAUUGAAUAGUAGCUUUUUCCUAAUGUGUAUUUACAUUGUGUUAAAUAGUGGUAGUUGUUUUUUUUUCGUAAAAAUUGAAGACAAGAAAACUUGAUUUGUAAUUGAAUAUCAUAGCAGGAAAGUUUUUUUAUUUUACCGGCAGAUGCUGCACGUCUAUGAUUAGCGCUCGAAACUGACUUAGCUAUAGUUUCUUAUGUAUAUAUACUUAAUCGUUAAUCAAAAGGUAAUUAGCUCACAUUUGACUGUCUUUCUUCCUGCUACUCGAAUAAAAUCGUCACGCACGUAAACAUAAAAUAUACCUUUGCUCAGAUUAUUAUUUUUUUCUCUCUAUAGGUAAUAUAAUUCGCGAAAAAAAACAAGAUCUAUAUAUAUUACCACUCGUCACCAUGCUUCGUUGUUUUUGGUAACCGUGUUAUGAUGAUGAAUAUAAGCAGUUAUAUUUCGAAUCUACUACUGGACAACUACCUCAUGUUUUAUCUCAUAAUACCGAUUAUUUCGAUAAUAAUUUCAUACAUUGUCCACAAGAAAUAUAGAAGGAAAUGUCAAUUUGCUUCAAAUAUUCCUGAAUACGAUCAUGCUAUAAUUAUCGGAGGCAGUUUUGGAGGAAUGAUCACUGCUGCUUAUUUAUCAAAAUAUCUCAAACAAGUAACAAUCAUAGAGUCGGAUGAUGUAUUAAGGUGAUAUUCAUUAACUACGUUCAAAUAGUAGUAAGUUCACUCAUGUGCAUCGUUGAACGCUAACUAUACUUUUUUCGUCUAAUUCAAAAUUUAUCGGGCCAUGGUAAAUUUGCGAUAUUGAACUUUUCUUGAUUUCAUACAAGAGCAAGUUUAAUCUUAUGUGAACAUCAGGGAAACUAUUUGAUUUGAUCAAAGGAAAGAUCAUCCAACGAACUUAAUUGAUGUUAUCAGUCUACUCAACUAAUUGUUCCAAAAAAACUGAUUUAAUUAGACAAAUUUAAACUACAUGUUAAGUAUAAAAAACAAUACAAUUUAAUUUACUAAGAUUUGUAUGAAUUCGAGAUAGUCAUCUAAUACUUAUCUGUAAAUGGAUCUAAACAUUUACUACCGCAUUUUUAUCCAUUACUCUGGACGUCUUUUUAGUACGAUAAAUAAGUGAUACUUUCAACAAAUCCACUCCCAAUGAAAUAUUAGAUUAUCGUUGUCGUCUUGAAAGUCCAACAUCAAUAGGACGUUCAGGUGUUAGUCAAAUAUAUCACUUACAUGUAGUCGAAGGUGAAGGAUUUAAUAUAUUACAUGAAUUAUUUCCUCAUUUAAAAGAUAAAUUAUUAAAUGAAUAUAAUAUUAGUUCAUAUUCAUUAAAAAACGAAGCAGAAUUUGUUACUAAUGGCAAUUUAUUAAAUCAAAAUUUAACUGAAGAUAUUGAAUGGAUCGGUAUUGGUCGUUUUACAUUAGAAAUAUUUUUGAGAAAAGAAUUAUUAAUUCAACUAAUUGUUGAUCAAUCAGCUAAUAUUGUUCAAGGUGUAAAAUAUCGAUUGAAACAAAAUACUGGUUCACCGUUAUUAGAUAUCUAUGGUAAUUUUAUUGUCGAUUGUACUGGUCGAAAUACACCAUCAACAAAAUGGUUGAAAGAAAGCUUCAAUUUAACUAUACCAACUGUGCAAAUACAUUUUGGUAGUGGUUAUGUUACAUUUAUAGGUGAAAGAUUUAAAACAGGAGAUCCGUCAUUGGAUUCGAAGCCUAUAAUUUGCUCCAACGGUAAUAUACCCGUCAAUAAUAUAGGAUGCUAUAUAACUCCAAUACGUACAAUAAAAACAAAUGGUGAAAAUUCCCUAGAAACAUUAUCAACGAUUACAGUUACUUGUGUCAAUUCAGAAUAUCCACCAAAUGAUUCGUAUGAAAAUUUAUUAGAAUGGACAAAAGAGCAUCUAGAUAGUGAACUGAAUUCAAUAUUAAAAUUAACAAAAGUAUGGAGUCCAUUAAUUCCAUAUCGUCGGGCGAUCAAUGACCGCAAAUAUGUCGAAUUAUUAGGUAAAAGCUGGCCUCAAAAUUAUAUUCUAUUAGGUGAUGUAGUGUAUGCAUUUAAUCCUCAAUAUGGGCAAGGUAUAACAUAUGCAGCACGACAUGCAAAAGAAUUGAGUAAAAUAUUUAACGAAAAUUGCCAUAAACUAGAAGAUUUUUCUUAUAUUUUCAAUCAACGUGCUUCAGCAAUUAGUAAAGAAUGUUGGCUUAUUUCGACGGCAAAUGAUUGGAAAACUCCGACAUUAAAAUUGAUAAAAACUGAUAAAAAUGGUAAAAUUCAAACUUAUGAACGAGGCAACGGUUCUGGUACAACUAAGCAUCCUAAAGUGCGAAUGCCUUUGAUGAUCAAGUUUUUGCAAUGGUACAAUUAUUGGUUUUUUCGCUGUGCAUCAAAAUCAGGACAAUUAUCUACCGACUUUUUUGCGUGUUGCCAAUCAAUAUUGCAGUCCAUAUAUAUUGAUGAAACCAACCACGUUCUUACAAGUCUGCUGUAUGGCACUAAGUCAUUACUUUUGUUUAUCUAA